AUGACCCGUAGGAAGCCCAGGUUCCGCGUCGUAGUCGAGCCGCUGCGCUCGUCCGUGACACCGGCCGAGAUCGCGUCGCUGUUCCACCCGCUCGAGGUGCGCAGCAUCGUCCUGUCGCAGCACGGCGGGUGCUUCAGUGCUACCGUCGCACUGUACACACAGCGCGACAUGGACAUUGCCUGCCUGCGAAACCACACAAUGUUUGGAGGACACCAGCUACGCGUCUACUGUCCCGGCACCGAGCCGGCCUCGCCGACGCACAGCGAGGCGAGCGAGGGGAUUGACAUGCCCCAAAAGAACCUGUAUGUGCUCAAUGUCCCGUUGGAUGUCACUACUGUACAACUCGAGCGUCUUUUUGCGCAGUACGGCACCGUACGCCACUGCGUCAUUUUGUCGAUGCUCGACGGCCAGGCACGCCGCCGCGGGUUUGUGGACAUGGACUCGCCGCAGGAGGCACAGGCAGCGCUGCAUGCGACCGACGGCAAGGUGUGGUUCGGCUACCCCCUCGAGGUCUCCUUUGCGCGCGUCCAGCGCAGCGGCGCGCCGGUCGACGCCGAGGCCGCCGAGACGCCGUGCAGCACGCUGCUCGUCCGCGGUCUCGUGCCGGCGGCUACGAUCGACGCGGACGACGUGCACGCGCUCCUUGCCCCCCACGCCGCGGUCGCCCACGUCGAGUUUCCCGAGACGGCCUGCGGCCAGGACACGUUCUCGGUGCGUGUGACGCUCAGGUCCACAUAG